UUGGGUUGUUGUCAGUAUCAAUCUCUCACUAUCAUCAGUUCCUCGCCUCUAAAAUCCAGGAUCUAUCGUCAGUCACACUAAAUUAUUUUUUGGUACUCCACUGGUCGCUGUCGACAUUAUGAAGAAACGAUUGAGGCGCCCAUUAAUGCUGACACUGCUAGUGUUUUACAUAGGACUGGUGCUGUUUUCUCUGUUCAACUACCGUAGUCACUGUACCUACACAAAUCCAGAGUCUCUAGUUCGGACACACAUCCUCAGCCCUCUCAAGGCCGCACAUAUCUGUCCGAUAAACUUUGACAACCUGGAUGUGGUUAAAUUGGAUAUUUUCUCUGAACCAUCAUUUGAACUCAUAAAGCAGAGAAAUCCCCAUGUUUUGCCGGGUGGACAGUGGAAGCCUGAAGGAUGCACAUCAUUCCAGAAGGUUGCUAUCAUAAUCCCAUACAGGAACCGCCUCCAUCAUCUCAAGAUCAUGCUGAACAGGAUACACCCGUUACUGUGGAAACAAAACAUUGACUACCAAGUGUUCUUAGUAGAGCAGGCCGGAAAUGACAGAUUUAACAGAGGAAAGCUGAUGAAUGUUGGAUUCACUGAGGCAAUGAAGAUUGGCCAAUUUGAUUGCUUUGUUUUCCAUGAUGUGGAUCUUCUCCCGGAAAACGACAAAAAUCUUUACAUGUGUGAUGACCACCUGCGUCAGCUGUCGUCUGCUAUCGAUGAAACUAGAUAUCAUGUGAUGUACUUUAACUAUGCUGGCGGUGUUAUUGCUAUGAAGGCUGACAGCUUCCUUAAAAUCAAUGGCUACCCGAACUCCUACUGGGGCUGGGGCAACGAGGAUGAUGACAUCUCGGCACGAACACAGGAAGCAGGACUUUUGAUCACUCGGCCACCAGAACACAUCGGGAUGUUCAAGAUGGUGCGCCAUGUUAAAGAAACAAGAUCUGAAAAUGGGUAUGAUGCGUUUCUUGGGUGGCAAGGAAGAUGGAUGCACGAUGGCUUAAACUCGCAAAACACAAUGAAUUACACUGUAAAACAGCUCGUACACCUACCUCUGUACACCAACAUCACUGUAGACAUCGGCCCCUCUGAGGGGCACCGGAUUGAUGUCACCAAGGACACCACACAUGAAUCAUUUUGGUGGUUUCUUAAGUUCUACUUUCCAUGAGAGAAGAUACCAACCAGCUUACAGUGAUUUAUUUGUAAAUCUUUUAAGGAAAGAGAGCAUGACUAGGGAUAUUAUAGAACAUCUUGCUUGAUUGUAUACUGAUCAUAUGGAGAGGAAAUGAAACAUUGUGUUUCCCUUACCCACUCAAGUUUCCGCAGUCUUAUUUCCCUUAUUCUCUCCGCUAUCUAGAAAAAUGAGCAAAAGGGAACCACAACUUGGUUCCUAGUAGCCGACACAGUGGACAACGGUCUGUAAGCCGACACAGUGGACAACGGUCUGUAAGCCGGCUCAUCUGUAUUGUUGUGUUAUUGUCCUGUUAAGGUAUAGUUAGAUAUGUAUUGCCCUUGUAGUAGGGAAUCCCGAUUAUUUGUUGUGUUAUUGUCCUGUUAAGGUAUAAUUAGAUAUAUAUAUAUAUUGCCCUUGUAGUAGGGAAUCCCGAUUAUUUGUUUCCAUCUGUUUUAUCAUGUUUCAUUUGCACUCUGCUGUUGUGAAACAUUAUUCCAGGGAAACAAAGAAUUGAGUGUUUCCUCACAACAAGAGCAAUAAAUGUAUAUUGACAUCAUUAAUACGUUUUGGUUUUAGAAUUAUUUAUUUUCUGUGACAUUCUAUGAUUUUUAGUCCCACUACUGAGAUAAAGUGAGGAGAUAAAUACUGUGUUAUUUAUCCAGUGAAGCUGUCACCUUUCAUUGUAGGUUUGUGGUUUUAAAACAAGUGAAUACUUGUAGUCCCAGUAGUCCAAUACUUAUACCUAGAAUUAUUUGUUUAUUUUACAAUGUAACAUUCCAUAUAAAGCAGGCAGCAGCAAUUCCUAUAAUGCGAUCAGAGAGAGUGUGGAGUGAUGUUAUAAUUCAGUGUUUUCUGUACAUGACAUAAAUAGACACACCUUAAUACACUUUUAACAUUGGUACGUAAAUCCUACUUAAUAUGAUUGAUGUCAAAUGUGUUGUCGUGCCAUUCAUACAGAUAUUAAUAUUUGCAUCAGAGACUUUAUUAAUCAAUAUAACAAUUCUACAGUUAAAUUAAUUAACAGUGAAAGUGAGAAGGAAUGCUGAGGCACCUGUCUGUACACAUAUAUUUUUUCUGGACAAAAUUGUCCCAGUUGUCCUAUCGUUUCACAAUUAAGGUAAAUUGUACCAUCUAUUUCACACAUAUUGACUAAAAUUGCCACAGUUAGCGUCCUUUUCAACACAAGAUUAACCAUAGAAAUCACCUGAACCAUAGUUGUUAAAAAUUAAAAACUUAUAAAUUUGUAGAAAAAAAAGAACAAAAAACCGAGGGCUUAAACUCGGGCCCUUUACCUCUUCUUCGCAGUUUUACCUUAAGCUAAUUAGUUGAAAAUUAAGGUGGCUGGAUUAGGGUGGAAAUGUUCACAUUUUCCGUGUGGAGGCAUUCAAAUUGUAGUCCAAGUAGUCCAAAUGCGAAAAUUUCCACAUGUCAAAAUAUGGAUUUUAUGGUAAUAUCUAAUAAAAUAUGUAGAUUUCAGGACUGUUGCCAACACAAACAAUUCCACAUACCAACCUGUUUAAACGGUCACGAGGCGAACAUUUUCACAUACCAACCUGUUUAAACGGUCACGAGGCGAACAUUUCCACAUACCAACCUGUUUAAACGGUCAUGAGGCGAACAUUUCCACAUACCAACCUGUUUAAACGGUCACGAGGCGAACAUUUCCACACGCCAACAUUUCCAUUUUUACAGAAUAUAACAUUACCUAGUGAAAGGAGGCACAUGUCUACACUUAAUGUCUAAGUAUGUGGAACAUCAAUGGGGGGGAUAGGGACAUCGUUUUAAUGUUGUGGCCGACCUAGUGUGAUAUUGAAACAUGAUAUCAUAUCAUUGGCAUCACUAGACAUCAUGUCAUCAUUGAAAAGCUUAAGAGGACAUGCAUAAUGUCAUAUUCAGUUCAAAGGUAUCAUAUUUUUUUAAAUAUUGUUCUUUUUAGCUCACCUGGUCCAAAGGACCAUGGUGAGCUUAUGCCA